UUCCCGCAUACAAAGGUCCUAGUGCAUACCGGGAUAGAAAGCCUACAGCACUGUUUAUGCAUGUUGGUCGUUCUCUUACACUACCAAGUGGGCCAAUGCAAGUUCAUCAGCCCGCGAUAGGUUCAUCAACCGGAUAGCCUUCCAUAACCCGGUCAUGAUGUUGGCUGUGCCUUGCAGCAACCCAUUUCCACUUCCUGCUCCAACCGCCCACCCUCUUAUCUUCUUGUUUCCCUAAGCCUCUCUCUUUCUUGCAUGUUCUGAUCGUGUUGGUUCCAGCAAUAUUUCAUUUCCUUUCUGUCUUACUUCACGAACCAACACGAUUGUCUCGUCACGCCACUCUCAACGGCGGGUCGUAGACCAUGGUCUGGACACUCUUCUUUCUCUUCACUUUUACAUACGCCAUCCGCACUCCGAGAGAAGUCGAAUGGUCUGAUGAAACUUACGGACCAGAUGGACCAUGGAACGCUGUCAAAGUUCAGAUUGGAUCCAAAGAUCAAUCUCUAGCGCUUUUUCCUGGGGGUACUUGGGAGACGUGGGUGAUCAGCGAUGAUUAUUGUGAAGGCGAAACGUGCUUUGCUUCGAAAGCAGGGACUUACACGAAGAACACUGGGUAUCGGAAUGAGAGGAAUCAUUCGGUUGAGCUGAAUGAUUUCAUGCAGGGCGUUAAACUCAAGGGUGAUACAGGAGUUCGGUACAGAGAUGAUAUCGUCAUCAAUGGCAUUAAUGUCACUAAUGCGAGCAUCGCUCUUCUUAACGAUGCAAAGAUCAAAUAUCCCAAUGGUAAAGCGGUGCCUUUGUCCGUGGGAUGCCUAGGCGUAGGCGCCCCAAAUUCCAUCAACCAAUCUUUCGGCCAACCCGAUAAAAAGUCCUCUUUCAACGCGAGUCUUCUACCUGGAUUUCUAUGGGACAGGGACUUGACAUCCGCAAACAGCUUUGGCAUGCACAUUGGGUCACCUGAUCCUUGGAUUCCUGGGUCUCUUGUGUUUGGUGGUUAUGACAGGGCCCGUAUUAUCGGAAACGUGCUCAUUACACCGGGAAGUCCUAGAGAGGGAGGUAUUGAACUCCAUGAUAUCGCUAUCGAGGGUUUCGGAAAGAACCCGCCAAAAGCGAAGGAGGGUCUUCUCGCAAAGGGGAAUUAUACUUUGAGCAAGGGUCUUAACGUCACGAUCGAUGGUUGUUCGCCAUAUUUGACCCUUCCAAAGUCUACUUGUGACAGUAUCGCCGAACAUCUUCCUGUCACCUUUGACAAAGAUCUUGGUCUUUAUUUAUGGGAUACUGAAUCAGAAGACUACGAAAGGAUUGUCAACUCGGCUACAGCUCUAUCGUUUGCCUUCUCCGAGGGAGACAUAACUGAUCUCACCAAGAUUCGAGUCCCACUCAUGCAUCUCAACCUCACACUCUCGGAGCCCAUCGUUGAGAGUCCAGUUCCCUACUUCCCGUGUCAUGUCAACGACAAUGAGCGAUACGUUCUCGGGCGUGCUUUUCUUCAAGAUGCUUUCGUCGGCGCAAAUUGGGGCCCUAAUGUUAACAGAUGGUGGUUAGCUCAAGCACCAGGUCCCAGACUCCAAGGGGCUCGAGUCGUCCAAGCUAGUGGAUCCGAUGACAUGAGCGUUGAAAACAGUGAUGGCCAAUUUGGGACGAAUGCUUGGGAGAUGUCGUGGGCUGGUGCAUGGGACGAUGAAGCAGCGCCAUUGAGCACUCCGAGCAAAAAAGCUCCGAAGGCGGAAAAGGACGAGGAUGAAAAGAAACCAUUUAUGCCGACAGCUUCACAGGUUGGAAUGGGGAUUGGUUUUGGCUCUGCCUUUGGACUUGUACUUCUUGGCGUUGGCGUUUUCAUCUGGCGACGGAAACGCAGAAGUCACCCGCCGAAAGUCACGAUGAAGAAGAAGCCAUUCGAUGGGUUUUCUAUAGAUUGGCCGCCGAGUGAUCUUCCACCGCAGGAGAUGCAUGUUCCUAGACAUAAGUUGCCGCCGUAUGAGAUGUCGGCGGAUGAGAGGCGCAUAUAUGAGUUGUAUGCUCAUCAUGUACAGCAGAAGAGGCCGCUGAUGGAGAGAUAUGAGUUGCCUUAAGUUUAAGCGUUGUGGAAAAGAAAAUUGGUUUGGUCUUUUGG